AUGGCUGAAACAUCUGAUGAUCUAUCCCAGCCGGCGCAGAGAGGGGAAUCUCGGUCGCAGCGACGUCGAAAAUGGGCGCCGAAAGUAAGAACAGGAUGCAUCACAUGCAGGGCUCGUCACGUCAAAUGCGACGAAGCCAGGCCAUCUUGUCGGCGGUGUAUUUCCACUGGUCGACGAUGUGAUGGGUUUGGCCAAACUUCAUCAACAACGGGGUUGGGAGCACUCAGUCAUCAACCAGUGAGCGGCGUGACUCCUUUAUAUGCGGAAGCAUCCAUGCAGGAAAAGGGCUUGUUCUAUGUAUUCCGCACACAAACAUCUCACCAAGUCGCUGGCACCUUUGAAGGCACCUUUUGGUCCGUGGAUGUGCUCCAAGCAUGUCAAAUGCAUCCCGCCAUCUGGCAUUCCGCAACAGCCAUUGCAGCAAUGCAAAUACGGAAACUAUCGGGUCAGAACGUUGAAAAGUCUGAGCAUAUCAUCAGCACAUACGAUGAAUUAGCUUUGAAACAGUAUAACAAAGCUCUCAGUCAACUUUCUCAAGCGACCAAGAGACCGGACCCGAGUUUCGAGGACCAAUCCCUCAUUUUAAUGGCCACAGUGCUUCUGUUGGGAUUCUCAAGUCUCAGGGGAAACUUUAAUGAAGCAAAGUUCUUUGCAGCUCACGGCCUUCGACUAUUCAAAAAGUGGAAGUUUCGUGAAGCAGCAAGGAAAUGGAGGCCGACUCUGCGCAACAACGUUAUAUCCGUCACAUCUCUAAUUACACUGCUGGAUCAAAUACAAAUACAGUACGCAUGGGCAUGCCGAGUCCAGGAACCAAUGGAUGAUGCACUUACGGGCAUCAAAAAGAACGUCUCCAGAUUGCCAUUUGAGUCCAUGACAGAUGCGUACCAUGAGCUCCAGGCACUACAGUCAGUCGCUGUGAGAUUAAUACGCGCGUGGGGAUAUGAAUGCAUGAAUUUCGACAUACACGCCUACGGCAACGCACGGAAGACUUGGCUGCAUAACUUGUCUGUAUGGAAGAGCAAAUUCGCACAACUACGGCAGCUGGCUGGCGAUGAUAAGAACAAACUGAAGCCGUUGCUUGUCUUGCAAAUGGGUUUGAUCAGCUUGCAGACUAUAUUUCAGGUUGAUCGGGGCAUAAAUGAACUUUGCUGGGACAGGUUCAUCACCAAUUUCGAUCGCAUUGUCAGUAUAGCCCAGCAACUGAUGGAGCUGGAGACGGAUGCGAGUGAAAAGCAGGGAAACUCAAAUCCUCUGUUUACCUUUGCUCCUUCACCUGUUGGGACGCUUUACAUGGUCGCUUCUGCGUGUCGAGAGAAUGAAAUAAGAAGCAAAGCCUUGUCUUUGUUGAAACGCUGGAGACACAGAGACGGCAUGAUGGAUAGUGGAAUGCUCGCGGCAAUGGCAGAAGCUAAGAUUCAGUUGGAAGAACAGGGUUGUGACUCGGUUGAGCUGGCUGACCCAAGUCAAUGCAAUUGCAUGUUGAAAUUUUACAUCUGUAGAUACCAUAGAGUCAUGGAGACGGGGGUAGAGUUCGUCGAGGAUGGACUAGCGAGGCUGGAAGUCGGGACUUUUGAGAAGAUGGGAACGUUGCCGAGUUUAAAGACGCUGGUUGUCAAAUGGGAUAUUUAA